CAUUGAUAAGCAUUGAAGAGAAUUGGAAUUGGAAUUUCAGUGUACUAAUAUUUGCCAUAUUCUAAUACAAUCUCAUGUGCCAAUGUAUUGCCACGGUCCGUGCCAUGGUGAAACUUGCACUCCUGUAGAAUUUGAUGGUAAAACUUGCCAGCCAAUCAGAAAGCAAGGCGAAGCAAUUCAGACAUUCUUGAAAGAAACAUUUUUAAAAAUAGCUUAGACAAAUGUAUUUAGCAAGCAUUAGGCAUUAGAAUGAAAUGCUUUAUAGUUACGUGAUGACAUCACGUGCCCUGCAUACCUUCAACACCGGUUCCAUCAUCAUUUGUCGCAAUAAAAAAAGUUAAAUAAAAAUCCUCCGCUGUUGAACGGAUACAAAUAUUGUAGAUCAUUUCCAUUACAAAGAUUUAUUUGGCGACGUUGCUUUUAUCAAAUAAACCUGGGCCAAUGGAAACCUGCCUAUUGGUAAUUGCAUAGCCUGUAUGUCUAGAUGAUUAGACUAUUAUUGUAACCAGGAGUAAAGGAGAAAGCCUUACUCACAAAGAGAAAUUCAGAAAUGAAUUUAAAAGCAAAAACGUUUUUUAUUGACUAGGUAUCUAACCAUCCUUUCACUGUUUAUCUUGUACACACACACGCACACGCACACACACACACACACCGCACACACACGUACACACACGCACACACACGUACACACACACACACAAACGUACACACACACACAUACACACAGACACACAGACAGUUGUGUCAUUCUCUGGACUUCAUUGUUACCACUUCCUGUUUAAAACCACAGCUUUAUAUACUUUAAUGUCAUCAUCUCUUAACUGAAACCACUUGAUGUAAUUUAAACCUUUAAACCUCUGAUAGUGUUUUAUCACUGUACCGCCAUCCUUCUUCCAGUAUUGUGUGGUUUGUUUGUUGGUGUUGAACCCUGUAUUAAAACAACGUUUCCUAAAUUAACUUUCAUGUUUGGUUGGUUCUUUAGUCUGGAAAAAAGUUCAUGUGAACAGUAUCAGAUCCUUGAAAGGAAAUGUGAGUUAAUGAAUAACCUUGAGGUAGUUUGGUAGUGUCCUACUCUACUACCGUUUGGUAGUGUCCUACUCUACUACAGUUUGGUAGUGUCCUACUCUGCUACAGUUUGGUAGUGUCCUACUCUACUACAGUUUGGUAGUGUCCUACUCUACUAGAGUUUGGUAGUGUCCUACUCUACUACAGUUUGGUAGUGUCCUACUCUACUACAGUUUGGUAGUGUCCUACUCUUCUACAGUUUGGUAGUGUCCUACUCUACUACUUUAUUUACUAACUUGUUGUUUGUCAGGGAUCAUGUGAAAUAUGUUUUAUGUAGUUGAUUUAAUGCACCAGAUUGAAGACAUCAGUGAGAAGGUAGAACUCUGUGAGGUAGACCUUUAAGAAGUGAAACUACUCUCCUCAGAUUCCUCAGGCUGUUUUCCCUCUAUUUCCACGUGUACUUGUCCCUCUGCCACACAGCCCUGCUGGCUGUUAGACACACAAGGACACCACUGCUUUCCUUGAAAUCAAACCAUUUCCCUACCAUCCCAUUUAAGCCAACCAGAUGGAAGAGGUGAAAGGGAAAGUCCAGAACUGAAACUACAUUCCUUCAAUAAGGAGGGAACUAAGCCUGUAUUCACUUUGAGUUUCACUUUCAUUUGGUCCUUAUUCAAAAAGACACACAACCUAUUUUCCUGGACAUGAGACCCUUACCAUGUUUGGGUGCCGUAUUUCUCAAGUGAAAAAAUGUGCAUGAAAACGAUUCGUCUGUCAUUGAAUGAAAACAUACACUUCAUUGAAGAAUCCCUACUGUUGACCAAUCACCGACAAACAGGCUACCAAACUUCGGCUUGCUUCAGGGAAAAAUAUUGUGUGCACGAACAGCCGAAAAAAACCUUGAUGAAGACCCAAACUUCACAAAAACGUCACAAAAUGUUGUCACAAUAUAUGAACGAACUGUUUCGCAUGGGAAUUAUACGGACGCCUUUAGUGGUGCUAAAAAUGUCUUAGGGUUGCCUAAUGUCGUUAUCUUUGAAAUAAUUUAGAAGUAGCGACGAAGGCCAUGGUUCACUUCUGUAUCGUUAGCCCCAAAUGGCACCCAAAUGCUAUUUAGUGCACUCCUUUCGAUCAUUGCCCAUAGUGCUCUGGUCAAAAGUAGUGCACCAUAUAGGGAAUAGGGUGCCAUUUGGGAUGCAAAAGGAAAGACAGAUUGCAUCAUCUCCCUGCCUUAAAAAUUUCUCAAAUUUCACUGUCAGAGAGAGUGUUUCUGAGAAACAGGAAUUCCUGUGUGAAAGGAGAAGCAGGGAAAAAGAGAAAGCAGCUGAGAGACAAGGGAACCCCCCCCCUCCCCCUCUCCUUGGAUGACUGUCAUAUAAAUUCAGUAUAAAUACAAGCCAAGCUCUAUUCCAUUCACAACUUCCAUCACUUCUCUCCUCCAUUCACAACUUCCAUCACUUCUCUCCUCCAUUUAAAACUUCUAUCACUUGACUGAGCUGUCCGUCCAGACUCUUGAAGAAACUGAAGAAGCAGUAUCCAUGACCAACACAAUGACAUCAACGGUCCUCAUCAGCUUCCUGGCCUGUCUGAUCCUGGUCAAUGUUGAAGGCCAGGUGGGUCAUUCUAAAUCUCGGUGCCAGUGUCUGAAUGGAAUGGUGAACCGUGUAAUACCUCUUCUCAUUGAGAAGCUUGAAGUGUACGCCCCAAGCCACUCCUGCCAGCACAUGGAGAUCAUUGUCACUCUGAAAAACGGAGAAGGGAAAAAGUGUCUGAAUCCAGAGGCUCCAAUUGUCAAGAAUAACAUUGAGAAAUGGAUGAAAAACCAAAGGAGUGUGCAGUAAAUCUGUGAACUAAUGACACCAGUUCCAUUGAGAACUUGAUGGAACAGAGAGCACCAUGAGAGGGUGCUAUUCCUGAGGAAUGACCACAGUUGAGUCAAUGCACUGAAGACUGCCUGAAUAUAUGUUUACACUGUUUAAUGGUAAUUAGAG